AUGUGGAUUAUGUUCUGUUUAAAUAAUGUUUUUAUACCAACUUUCCAGAAAAACUGUGCUGAAAUCUACAAAUCCGGUAACACAACUGACGGUGUCUACACCAUUAAACCUGAUAACGUGUCUACAUUUGAUGUAUUCUGUGACCAAACAACAGCUGGUGGAGGGUGGACUGUGUUCCAGAAGAGACUGAACGGCUCGGUUGAUUUCUAUCGUAACUGGGCCGACUAUAAACACGGUUUUGGAGACUUAAAUGGUGAAUUUUGGCUUGGGCUGGACAAGAUUCACCGCCUGACCUCAAAUAAUGACAACCUACUGCGCGUGGAUUUGGAAGACUUUGACGGGCAUACUCGUUAUGCCGAGUAUAACAUGUUUGGUGUUAUGAAUGAAAAAAACAAGUACAAGCUGAUCCUGGGUAAUUAUUCAGGUAAAACAGUGUCUCCAUCUGCAGCUUCAGGCAAGCUAUCCAAGAAAGACAUAUUCCCUUAUUUCUUCAGAACGGUUCCAGCAUUAUCUGCUGCAAAUCGUACAUUUAUCGCUAUCGCGAAAACAUUUGCGUGGACUAGAGUGGCCAUACUAUACCAGAGUAGAGAACUUUUUACAUCCGCAGCAACAAGCCUCAGAGAAGAAUGCAAAAAGAACGGAAUUGACGUGAUCUCUUAUGGAAGCUUUCUGACGGACCCAAAGAGUCAAAUAAAACAUCUUAAGGACAUUGAUGCUAGGAUCAUAUUUGGUUUCUUCACCCAUUCAACCAGAACUAUGUGCGAGAUCUACAAGCAUAGCAUGCAUGGGCGAAAGUACGGUUGGGUUAUUAACACCCCUGACAAAUAUGGAUGGUGGAAAAGAACUUUAAAAAAUGUCAACUGCUCACCAGAAGAAGUCAAUGAGGGCGCAAAAGGGAUCCUCUUGGUUAACUAUAUGUGGCUCAGCAGCUCAAAGAAUGAAACAGUGUCUGGAAUGACACCCAAAAAGUUCCAAUCCAGUUUCAUUCAGAAGGUUAGGCUAUCAAGUGUAAAUGACACAGACUACAAAGGGUUUGCAUAUGAUGCAGCCUGGCUUGUUGCCCUUGCGUUGAAUAGAACAGCGCAGAAUUUGGCUCCAAAGAUUCGUCUUGACACCGUUGCAUUUGGAGAAAGAAACUUCUCGGACCUAAUGAGGAAAAAUCUCUUGUCGACGAAAUUUCGGGGCGUUACGAGCAUCGUAAAACUAAAUGACAAAGGAGACAGGUCAGGCGUUUUUGAAAUAUCACAGCUGAUAGGAUCAGAGUUUGAAGCUAUCUGCAGUCACGAUGUUGGACAAACCUCCUUAGUGUUUUAUCCUGGGAAAGAGUUUCAUUGGGAAGGAGGGGUAGCGCCCGUGGAUCGACAGAGUGAACAGAGGCAGCUGUUCACAAUGUCCAUCUCUGUUUUUUACUUCAUGUGUUCCAUGGCUUCCUUUGGAAUUUUCUUAGCGUUCACGUUCUUAUACUUUAAUAUAAAGAACAGGAAUAAAAGACUUAUCAAGAUGUCGAGUCCAAACCUGAACAAUGUUAUAAUCUUAGGUUGCAUUCUGUCGUACAUUUCUGUCAUUCUGUUCGCGUUCGAUGGAGAUCAUCUUAAAGCUGAACUUUGCACGACAAGGACUGCUACGCUUUGUGUCGGCUUUACGUUUGUCUUUGGUUCCUUGUUUUCAAAAACGUGGCGCGUUCACAAGGUCACCAGGAUAAUAAGUGCAAAGAAACUGAUUAUCAAAGACUUGCAUCUCUUUGGCGUCAUUGGCGUUCUCAUUCUCAUCGACGCUGUCAUCCUUCUACAUUGGAACUUUUUGGAUCCUUAUCAGAGGCAAAUCAAAUAUCUCUCAGCACUGAACAAUCACGAGGAUGACAAUAUUCUUCAUUUACCGUACACGUAUACGUGUGAAGUCAACCACAUUGAAAUCUGGCUGGGCUUGCUGUAUUCCUACAAAGGAAUCUUACUUCUGUUUGGUUUGUUCCUGGCUUGGGAGACAAGAAAUGUUAAGAUACCUGCCUUGAAUGACUCUCACCAUAUUGGUAUGGCAGUUUACAACGUUGUAAUCGUGUGCAUUGUUGGAACUCCGGUCGUAACUUUUGUACACGAAAAGCAAUUCGAGGCGUCGUUUAUAGUCACAGGCAUCUGUAUUCUGUUUAGCACAACCUCUACCCUUUGCAUUGUGUUUGUACCAAAGAUUGCAGCGCUAAGGAAAUACGGAAUAAACGAGGAGUACCGUGCUCGGACGCGCACCUUCAGCUCGUUGGAUACAUUUGCCACCACCACAGCAAAAUGUUCCUGUUCUGGUAAAGACACCAUCAACAAGGAUGGAGAGCUUCAACGUCUUAGGGAAAUGCUAGACACGCUUCAACGAGAAAAGAAAAGAACGGUUCACAGCAAUGGAAGCAACGUAACCACGCAUUUGUGAGAUGAAGAUAAGACUGGAUUGAACAAAUACUAGCAAUUUUACCAAACUCUUCAAGUGACCACAUUUUCGUUAAGAAGUACGACGAGGGACUUUCAUGAUCUCAUAGCCAUAAAGAUAAAGUUUCGCGGUUUCUUUCUUUAUGAGCUGACUGCUUAAACACCAUAUCGUCAAUUAACACCGUUUAAUUUAGAAAUCAAGGAGAACCUUGAAAAACUUGGCGGUUUUU